CCCACUCGCACGCGCCGCCAUUACUGAGCUCAGCUAAGCUCUCUGUCUCUCUCUGCGCACGCGCGAGAGCGAGACGUAGUACUGUCUCGAGGGAGCUAGGUGAGCUUCCUCCAUGGCGUCAGGAGAAGCAGAGCCACUGCAGUACACGACCACCGUGCUCCGGGUGUCAAUCCACUGCGAAGGGUGCAAGAAGAAGGUCAAGAAAGUGCUCCAGAACAUCGAAGGCGUGUACAAGGUGACGAUCGACGCGGCGCAGCACAAGGUGACGGUCACCAGCAGCGUCGGCGCCGACGCGCUCAUCAGGCGGCUGCACAAGUCGGGGAAGCACGCCACGCCGUGGCCGUCGCCGGCGGUGGCCGCGGCCAAGAAGCCUGACGAGGUCGCCGCAGCACCACCGGCCGGCGAACGCGGGAAGGGUGCCGAGAAGGCCGACAAGAAGCCGAAGGACGCGGCUAAUAAGGAAGCUGAGCCCGAGAGCUCGGAGAAGAAGCCGGAGAAGGAGAAGUGCUCGGAGAAGAAAGCCGAGGCGAAGAAGCCCAAGGACGAGGCCAAGAAGGAGAGCGAGGUGUCCGAGAAGGAGAAGGGCUCGCCUGAGCCGCCCAAAGAAGGCGCCGCCGACGAGGAGGGCGAGGAGGAGUCCGGUGGGAAGAAGGGCAAGAAGAAGAAGAACAAGCAGAAGGACGCCGGCGAAGCGGACGCCACGGCGACGGAGAAGCCAGCAAAGGCGCCACAGGCCGCAGCAGCACCGUCGAUGCCCGCUCCGGCGCCAGCACUGUCCUCGCCGGAGCGCCCUCACGGUCACGGCGGCUUCCCGUUCUACGCGCCGCAGCCGGUGAUGAGCUACAACGUGUCGCACCCGAGCGCGAGCGUGUCGUCGUACUACGCGCCCACGCCGGUAAUCUCCAUGCAGCCAACGCCAACGCCUAUGCCGCCGCCGCCGCCGCAGAUGUCGUACGGCUACUCACCAUACCCGCCCAUGAUGAUGCCGCCGCCGCCACCGGAGUACCUGUACGGCCCGCCGGGCAUGCGGUCGUCGCCGCCGCAGGAAUCGUACAGCAACAUGUUCAACGAGGAGAACCCCAGCUCGUGUAGCGUCAUGUAACGCCGCCGCCGCCGCCGCUCGCCGGACGGGACCCCGAGCUGUAGUUAACGAGGAUGCCUCGUAAUAGAAGCCUCCUCUCAAGUGGUUGCUUAGGUAGACUGGAGUACUGUUAAUUAGAUGGUCAAAGCUCUUCUUGACCAGACUUUUUUCCCCCCAAUUUUAUAAUGCUCUUAAUGCAUCAUGUAAUGAGAUGAGUAUUUUAGUAAUUUUAUUAUCCUUUUUGUACUAUGUUUUUUUCCUGAAUGAUGGCCCUUCUUCAAAAAUGGAUUUUUUUCAUCUAAUUAAAAAUCUUGUAAAUUGAGUUGU